AUGUCAAACUUAGUAAAGAAUAAAAAGAAUGAAGAAAACAACAAGCAUCUAUCCGAGUAUGAAGUAAGGAGACUAGAAAACCUCGCGUCGAACCAAAAGAUGCUUCAAGCUUUAGGCCUUGACAAGCCUCCGUCGUUUGCCUUUCCUGUUCCCACAAAGUCCUCCGCGUUGGUCAAGAGUAAACGUAAAGCGCCGUUCAAACCGUCAGUUAUUGCAGCUAGACGCUCACAACGGCAGUGUGUUGUACGCAAGACUGCGGAACUUGAUUCUGCUUCGAGAAGGAGGUCGGAAAGAGUUGCGAGUAGGGAUCGUAAUCCACAAGUUUUCGGACACAUUCCAGGUAUCGAAAUCGGUACCACAUGGAAAAUGAGGAUGCACUGUAGUCAAGACGGCGUUCACGCACCCACGGUCGCUGGAAUCAGCGGUAAUCAACAAGAAGGCGCGUAUAGUAUUGCAUUAUCUGGGGGUUAUGAAGAUGAUAUCGAUUGGGGCGAGGCCUUCACGUACACUGGAUGUGGUGGUCGUGAUUUGAAAGGAUCUCGGGCUAAUCCGAAAAAUCUGCGAACAGCCAAACAGUCUAAAGAUCAGACAAUGGAGGGUUUGAAUCUCGCGCUUAAAGUCUCUUGUGAUACUGGAAGACCUGUUAGGGUUAUUCGUGGGUACAAAUUAAAUUCGCCAUAUGCUCCCGUAUCCGGAUAUCGCUAUGAUGGUUUGUAUCGUGUGGAAAAGUGCUGGGAGGAUAGAGGGCUGAGCGGAUUUCAGGUCGUUAAGUUUGCGUUUGUGAGGUUGCCGAAACAACCUCCUAUCGAGAUCCGAGUUAAUUAUGAUGCUGAGGAUGAGGAAACAGAAGAUGAACAUAAUUCUGUCCGAGAUGACGAUGAGACGGAGGAAACUGAUAAUAAAAUCAAGAAGAGUGAGAAAUCUAGUAAUAUCAAUCAUAAUAAUCUUUCAUAA